ACCUAAACAAACCGGGCCCAGACGGCGGCACAGAACCGCUGCAGACGAAAGCAGCGAAAUCCUUCAAUUAUAUCUGAGUUCAUCUGCAACCAUUGAGGCCGAUCCCCGUCGUCUCUUGCAUUUUCGGGAAGCUCAACAUUCGCACAAUCCAUCAUGUCGGUCAAGGCAGCGCCAGUUAGGUCCGGUGGGAAGAGCAAGUCGGAAUUCAAGGAUAAAGAAAAACCCGCUCAGAUCCGCGCUAGCAACAUCGUAGCCGCUAAAGCUGUUGCCGAUGCCAUCAAGACUUCCCUGGGCCCAAGGGGAAUGGACAAGAUGAUUCAGGAUGGCAAGGGUGAAGUCACUAUCACCAAUGACGGUGCAACAAUCUUGAAGCAAAUGAAAGUUCUCCACCCAGCAGCCAAGAUGUUGGUGGAGCUGUCACAGGCUCAGGAUGCUGAGGCAGGAGACGGCACCACCAGUGUUGUCAUCCUUGCAGGUGCAAUGCUGGAAACCUCCCAGAAGCUGUUAACAAAGGGCUUCCAUCCGGCUGCCAUCUCUGACUCCCUCCUCCAUUUCUCGGCCAAGGCAGUGGAAGUCCUGGAGUCCAUGGCUAUUCCUGUAGAUCUGUCUGACCAUGCCUCUCUCCUCAAGAGUGCUAACACAUCUCUCAACUCUAAGGUUGUCCAUGAACAUUCAGGUAUGCUUGCUCCAAUGGCUGUGGAUGCAGUGCUAAAGAUUGUGGACCCCUCUAAGGACACCAAUGUAGAUCUCAAGGACAUUCGCAUCCUCAAGAAGCUUGGGGAGACUGUAGAGGAUUCCCAGCUGGUGGAUGGCAUUGUUUUCACACAGAAGGCCCAGGGGCAAGGAGGACCCAACAAGGUGGAGAAGGCAAAGAUCGGCCUCAUUCAGUUCUGCAUUUCUCCACCCAAGACUGAUAUGGACAACACUGUUCUCAUUAGGGACUACACUGCCAUGGAUCGUGUGCUUCGUGAAGAACGCCAAUAUAUUCUCAACAUUACAAAGAAGAUUAAGGCUGCAGGCUGCAAUGUCCUUCUCAUUCAGAAGUCUAUUCUCAGGGAUGCUGUGAGUGACUUGGCUCUCCACCUCCUAGCCAAGCAGAAAAUUAUGGUUGUGAAGGAUAUUGAGCGUGAAGAUAUUGAGUUUGUGUGCAAGACCCUGGGUUGCCGUCCCGUUGCCUCCCUUGACCAUUUCACCCCAGAAUGUUUAGGUACUGCAGAACUAGCAGAAGAAAUCCAGGCAGGCACUAGUAAAUUUGUGAAAGUUACAGGCGUACAGAACCCUGGAAGAACUGUUUCUAUCUUGCUUCGUGGUAGCAACAAACAGGUGCUGGAGGAGGCAGAUCGGUCACUUCAUGAUGCUCUGUGUGUUAUCCGUUGCCUUGUAAAGAAGAGGUCCCUCAUCCCUGGUGGAGGAGCUCCUGAGGCAGAGCUCUCUGUCAAAUUGACACAGUUUGCUCAGUCUCUUAAAGGCAUGGAUGCCUAUUGCUUUAGAGCAUUUGCUGAAGCUUUGGAAGUAAUACCAGGUAUCCUUGCUGAGAAUGCUGGUCUCAGUCCGAUCUCAACUGUAACAGAAUUGCGUAACAGACAUGCUCGAGGGGAGACUCAUGCUGGAAUCAAUGUUCGUAAGGGAAGCAUCAGCAACAUCAUUGAUGAGAAUGUGCUGCAACCACUUUUGGUGUCUACAUCUGCCAUUACUUUGGCAGCAGAGUGCGUGCGGUCAAUUCUGAAGAUUGACGAUAUUGUGAAUGUGAUACGCUAGAUGACCCUUCCUGGGAUGUCAGCAGUCGGUCAGCUUGCCCAAGUGCUUUAACGUCAACCUCUGCAUUAACGCCCUUCUUCUGCUCGUCACAACUAUUUUUUUCACUGUAUCUCCCAGUGUGCUCUAUUCACCAAUAUUGUAAAUUUACUUAUUAAUAAACAAUAAACAGUUGU